UAUUGCAUAUCGACAACUGCAUUAUGAUAAUUUUACUGGAAAAGGAAAUUUUUCUCUUUCGUUUGAUCUAGAACAACUGCGUAGAAUGCCUUUAAAUUAUUACCCAAAUGCAUUAAAGCAAUACAUAUCGAACUCGGUCUUCGGGAGAUGGUUAGAAAACACGUCUAGGAAAAAUCAUACUAUAUGUGUUAGGUUAGAACAAUUAAAAUCAAAAUGAAAACGAAAACUUGCGUGGUUAACCCAGUUUUUAUCAACGACUGCAACACUGCGAGGGUCAAGAUUCGUGUGAAAGCAUUUGAUUAUAAACAGUUAACAACUAUAACAUGUCAUGAUAUCAGAUAUAGAGUGGAUGUCAAAACCAAAUUAUGUCCAAGGAACAUAGAAUCAAAGGACAUACUAAAAGGAAUUGAUGGAGUUUUCAUGCCUGGUAUGAAUGCUAUAUUGGGACCAACUGGCUGUGGAAAAUCUUCGUUGUUAGAUGUAUUGGCAGGACGGAAAGAACCACUGAGAGUUAGUGGAGACCUACUGUUCAAUGGAUCACCUCCUCCAGAAAAUUUUAAAUGUAUGGUCGGGUAUGUUGUUCAGGAUGAUGUUGUUAUGGGCGGACUGACUGUUCGAGAAAACUUUGCAUUUUCAGCGGCUCUCAGACUACCCGGUCAUAUCACAAAGGCUGAUAUACAGGAAAAGAUACAAAAUGUUAUAAACGAACUUGGGUUGACAGGUUGUGCUGAUACGAAGGUUGGAAACGAAUUUUGUCGGGGAAUUUCUGGCGGAGAAAGAAAACGAACAAAUAUUGGAAUGGAACUGAUUAUUUCACCCCAUGUCUUAUUUUUAGAUGAACCAACAACAGGUCUUGAUGCAAACACAGCUUAUUCAGUUAUGCAAUUAUUAAAAAGUUUAUCAAAAAAUGGAACAACAGUUGUCUUUUCCAUUCAUCAGCCAAGAUUUUCUAUUUUCAAGCUGUUCGACAGUUUAAUGUUAUUAUCCCUUGGUGAAUGUGUAUAUCAUGGACCUGCUCAAGAAUCUUUGGACUACUUCCAGUCUAUAGGAUACAUCAUAGAAGAGCACAACAAUCCUCCUGAUUUCUUUCUAGAUGUUAUUAAUGGAGCGACUGUCAACACAAAGGAUAAAAACAUUGUUGAUGUACACCAGAAAAUUGUAUCAUCAUUCAGGAAAUCAAAAUUAAAUUCCAGAUUGCAGAAUUUAAUGAAGCCUAUACUUUACCAGUACCGACAAGCACUUGAUACAAAUACCUUAAAAAUAUCACCUAAAGUAGAUUAUACCACUAACUUUGUCAAGCAGUUUAGAGUCAUAUCAAGUAGAACUUUACUGAAUUCACUGAGAAAUCCCCAACUUUCAAUUUUACACUGGUUUGUUUUAAUAAUAUUUGGCCUUAUUGUUGGGGCUAUUUAUUGGCGGAUGGAAAGGGAUUGUGAAUCCGGUAUACAGAACAGAGUUGGUGCUUUUUUCUUCAUUUUAAUGAACAUUGUCUUUUCAAGUUUGUCAGCUGUAGAACUAUUUAUCAAAGAACGAUCAAUUUUUAUACAUGAACAUUUAAGUGGAUUUUACAGAGUAUCAGCAUAUUUCUUUUCUAAGAUUAUAUGCGAUUCUUUAUCAAUGAGACUGAUUCCUGUAUUUCUGUUUUCUGUGAUCACAUAUUUCAUGCUUGGUUUAACAUUGGACAUGGAGAAAUUCUUUCUGUACGCUCUAACACUGUUUAUGGUAGCUAUGACAGGAACUAGCAUUGCAUUUUUCUUCAGCGCAUGCGUUACAGAUUUUGGUAUGGCUAAUGUGUGGAUUGCUGUGACAUAUGUGUUAAUGAUGGUAUUUAGUGGUUUGUUGGUUAAUAUAAAAACAAUACAAGCUUGGUUACGAUGGAUCAAAUGGUUUAGUUUAUUUAGAUAUGGUCUUAAUGCGUUACAGAUAAUUGAAUUGAAAGAUAUGACUUUAACGAAAGAAAAGGGCUUAUGUCCUGUCACUGGUAACAAAUAUCUAACAAGACAAGAUGUUGCAUAUGAAACGAAAUGGGAUUUCUGGCAGAAUAUUGUCGCAUUAUUUUCCAUGUCAGUGCUGCUGUUUAUUGGUACAUAUGUUCAAUUGAGAAGAAUGAAGAAAAUACGCUAACACGAAAGUACACACAUUGCAAUAACUAAAUUAAAUCAUUACGCAUGAACCCCAUCUGUCAUACAUAGUAUAUACAUAUACGAAAAGUAUUUAUACUUAUGAUAAUGGCAUUCAUUAAACGAUUAAGUAAAAAUUAGUUAUUUAUCAUUCCAAUGUGUAUAAUAGGGAAAAAUAAUAAAACAUGAUUGAUUUUGUUGAAACCAUUGUAUGUUAGCGUUUGUGUAAUAUAAACAGAUACUUUGAAAAUGUAUUGAAGACCCGAGUUUCAAUUAAUAAAUGGAAAAAAUACCUAUAGGGA